CUUUGAUAUUUCCGAAAGUUCCUUAGCGAUAGUUGAAACCAAAGAUAGAUCAUCUACACAACGUUCGUGCUUGAUCACGAAGCAGAGACUGGACUUCUUGGAACCAUCUAUCAGGAUCACCUUAUGUCCUGGUUGAAAUCUGCUCCUUGAGCGACAGCAGCGUGGUGAACACGUAGUUAUCAGCCAUCAUGCCUUCGGAUUCGCCAAAGCACGGUCUUCUGUCAACCUUGACUCUGGGUCGGUCUUCUCGUUCCUCCAAGCCGGUCUCCGAGACCCUAACACACCCUCUGCUCGGAGCUUCGACCUCUUCGCUCAAUCUCGUUAGCGAUGGAGUUGCCGAGCCUUCUGGCUCUACUUCCCACACACGGCAAAGCUCUGGAGGACGUUCAGGACAGGUCGAUGUGACAUCUCUCCCUUAUAAACCCAGACACAAGCCAGGACAAGGGCCCAGCGCGACCGGAGUAGGAGCUGAUCAAUCUGGAAGUAUCCCCACGUCUUUGUCUGCGACUGGUGGCCCAUCGACAUCUCCCAAUGUGUCGACUUUGACAGUCCCUACUUCGCCGGUGACGCCGACAUCUGUAUCAGCGAGACCUACGACUUCGACAUUUACAUCGACCACUUUUGCGCUGCCUCCCUCAGCUGUGGACUCUAAUGACUCCCAGGAUCUCGUUGCGUCCAUUGGUUCGAGCUCUACCGCCACCAGCAGACUCCAGCUACAGAGCCUCAAAGCUGCUGUUCAACGAAUUGGGCUGGGGAACGGAAGUAUGGGGAUGAGCAUGAUUGACACCAUCUUUGAACGAUCGCUAGGAGGUGCUUCGACCAAGGGCAAAAGUGUCGAUAAUGGUGAAUGGGCGGAGAUUGUCAAAAUCCUCAUGACGGGCAAGGCAAUACUCCUUCUUCCGACCACUCCUGCAUCGUCCUCACUACCCCUCACUGCUCAAAACGUCCGCGACCAUGUCGCUUUCGUAGGACCUGCGCUGCCGGAUCCUCGCAGGCGUUCGAUUGGCUCUCCAGCGGAUAAUGGCGCAAUGGUCGUCACUCUCUCCGGCCUCCUUGGGACCAUGAAAGACUCCACCAUCUUUUUCGAAUCUGUGCUGGGAUCUGAUACCGUACCGAGUCUCUUGGGCCGCGACACGGGUCUCAGCACAGCACUCGGCAACCUCAGACCUGCCCAUCACUCAAGUCCUUCCGCUCAAUCCCAUUUCCCAUUGUACGCCUUGUCUUCUCAAUCGACGUCUCUGCGCUUUCCGCCGACAAUGACUAUGGUACCUGCUGCAGGGGACGAGACGAGGUCUACAAGCGCCAAAUUUGGUCGAAUCAACCCUUUUGCGUCCCUCUUCGGGGGAUCAUCCGCCACAGCCGUAGGAUCGAACGAGAGGGGAGACGCAACGCCCAGCCCCAAACUUUCCGUGUCACCCUUAGACCCUGAUGGUGUUUCCGUCCGCUCUAGUGACGAGUCAAUUGAUGGCUAUCAAGUCCCCGCUUUCACCAUUGCGAAAGCCGUGAGAAUCAACGACGUGGCCAAAAGCAUCGUCAAAGCUACCAAAGCCAUAGUGAAGGCUGAACUGGAUCACAUGCCUGAGAAAUUGGUUGAUCGAGUCAUACGACUAGUCUGCCCGACCGUCGCUGGUAUUGCCUCGGACGAGAAAAGUGAUGCCUCCGAAACGAUUCAGCUGGACUUUACGGACCCAAACACGACCGGGCAAAAGCUACAGGAGUUUGUCGAGAAGGCGUACGAUGACCUCGUUCUCCAUUUUCGGGCCGACUCCUCACACAUCUUCUCAGAGAGUUCCCAUACCGGAUCCAGAUUACGGCAGAAGGCCAGCUGGACUAGGAAGCUGUCAAUGUCAACAGGAGACGAAGAGAACGAAGCGGCGAAAGCCAGGCGGAAACAGAGAGCUCGUAAGGAACGAGAGGAAAUGGUGGAGAGGGAAGCGACAUCUGGAGCAGAGAAGAUUGAGGGCCUCCUAUGCAAAUUCUUCUACAAUCGCCAAUUCUCUCCACCGGACACGGAUGACUCUCGGCACGAUGAGGCUCUCUCGUCGAGGAUAGCAGCUCUGAACAUGCUAGAGCUCUCGCUAGAUCAUCUAGGACUUGUCACACGACCUCCCGAGUUGCCGAUGGCUGAGCGAGACCGUAUUGCAAGAGGUCUUGAGCAACUGGUCGACAACGUUGGUCUGGAAUUGCAAAAACUCGAUUCUGUUUCGGCUAUCACACCAGGGGGUAAAGUUGCGGUCCUGAUUUCUGCUCACAAGGCCGUUGUCGAUGGGCUUCAGGGCCUCCCCCCGAUCCGUCUCCGGCCAGAGGGCGAGGCGUAUCAACCUUCACGAGAAGAAACGUCCACACCAGUCGAGGAUCGGGUGACAUCGGCUCCUCCCAUCAAGCCUGACCUAGCUGAGAGACGUCGGUCAUCAUCUUCCGCCCAAAGGGGUGUUUCCAUGCCGAUUGCACAUCGCUCAUCCACCGGCUCGACACCUCUCUCAACCUCGCCAGCGACCACAGAUCCGCUUCGAUCUAUCGGAGAGGCGGCGCAGGAAAGCGGCGAUCUUCCUUCAGAGCACAUUCCGGGAAUUCCUGAGGUUGUGCUCACAGAAUCUGGCCAUGAGCAGAUGGAGGAAGCGAUGAAGGACUCUGUGAUCGAUCUCCAAUCACCAGCUACUGGCGCCGAGCCUGAGCAUGAGAAGAAGGUCAACGAGACGUCUCAGUCUGGAGCUACUUCUGGUGCUGAUCUCAUCCUGCCCAUCAUCAUCUACGCUGUAGUCAAGGCAAAUCCCCCUCAACUGGCAUCCCACCUCAUGUAUAUCAGACGCUUCAGGUCUGCCAUAUGUCUCACUGGAGAAGCAAGUUACGCCAUCGUCAAUCUUACGGCCGUCAUCGAUUUCAUCGAGCACGUCCAAUUGGCGGAUCUUGGGCUGGGUCACGAAUCAGACAAGGUCAUCAGUGUCGACAAUCUCUCGCCUAUUGGUCUCAACGACCUGGACAACGCGAAUGCAGAUACGGCCUCUAUCGCCACAGCAUCAUCUCGACUACGUGGACGAGUCUUCCAAGUCGGUGAGCUGGCAGGUUCUGCAGCCGACUCUGCAAACAAGGUCAUUACUGGCGUUGUCGAUUCAUCCUGGACUGCCAUCCGAGGCCUCAUAUCUUCUCCAGCGCCAAACAUCACGGCCACGGAAGAAGGACAGAUGCCGCCUCCAGCAGACGUCCAUCCAGAGGCGGUUGAUGGAAGAGCUCGCGGUAAUUCCACCUCGGCAUUCUCACUUUCCAGCGUGACUGCCUCCAUGGCUGGCAUAGCGGCAGCUGCGACCAAUCGUAAUCGUUCGAGAGCCGGUUCCCGAGCUUCGGCACUGGAAAGGCCGGAGCAUACUUGGAAAGGCAACGAAGAGAUGAUUGAUGUCAGCUCUAAACCAGGUUCGAUCCGCGAAGGAGCACUGCAAUUCGACACUAAUGAAGAUGAGGCAAUGACCAAGAGUGACGAUGACGAGCACGUACCCGUGCGUUCCAAUCGAGAGAGGAGACGCUCGGACGCUCGAAGUAUACAGAGCGUAUCUAGCGUAUUCUCUCGCGAUAAGGAGGAGGCGAGAGCCAUGGAGAAGGAUAAGGAUAGGGUUUCGCUCAGCGAUAGAUUGGCUUCGAUUGGGGCUCUCGGCCGUUUACCAAGUACCGACAAUGUCUUUGCGUCAAGCUCGGCAGAAGUGGCCAAGCCGACUGGAUUCCUCGCCAAUUUGACAGUUGGACGCAGCACGCCACCGCCGGAUAGGACCCACGCAAGGAAAGCCUCGCUUCUGAGUAGGGCAGAGCCGCUCGGUGCAUCCCCGGCGGGCAGCAUUACAUCGCUUCCUGCCUUGCCUGAGAACGCGGAUCCUCCACUAGAGCGCUUCAUGACCUGCGAGGCAGGUGACCUGAAGCUGUCAGAGAUCGGUUCACUCCUCCGGGAUUACCGACGACUGGGUGAUAUUGUGAAUGCUCUCGGAGCACAAGGACAAACACACCUUAGAGCCUAGGUAAUGGUCGGGGAGUCAAGCUGCAUAGAUCAAGGCAUUCAUGCAUAGAUUU